ACAUUUCACAUCGCCUCUGAUCUAUCUGGAGCUUCUUCAUCCUUUCAUGAUAAUCAUGGCUAGUUUUCCUAUUGCCCACAAAUUAAUAUUCAAGGAUCGAUUUUCUUGGUCCCUUAGCGAGAGAUAUAGAGGUUUGUUUCCAGUUUUGAAUGAUGAUGGAAGGAGAUGGUUGGGUUAUGCUUCUUGUAUUCCCUUUAGAGGGAAAACUAAGAACAUCAAUUAUGAAGAGGAAUCAGUACUGUCUAAGUUGAAUAAGAAGCAAUUAGAUUCCCUUGAUCAUUAUUUUGGAAGGCUUCACGAUUCCAACAACACUUCUUUGGAUUCGUUGAUUGAGAGAACAGUGGUUACUGAUCCAAGCACAAGUAAUCUUCUCAAAGGCAAAAGAUUACUAGAUGUUUAUCUAGGGAAAGUCACUAAAGAUGUUGAAGCUGAAGAAUCUGAAACAUAUCUGAAGGGAGAUAUAGGGAAAAGUGAUGAGUACAAGUUGAAAAGCUAUAGAAAUCUUAGAAACAACAAUCUCGAGAGUGGUUUUCAGAGUUCAUAUGAUGAAGCCUCUGAUCUUUAUGUGAUAAGUAUUUUGACUUCAAUAAACAUUGCAGUGUUUCUGUUUGAAAUAGCAAGUCCAAUUCAAAACUCGGAUUCAGAACUCUUUUUCACUCUUCCUUCAUUAUAUGGAGCAAAAGUAAACGACUUGAUCAUGACUGGAGAAUGGUGGAGGCUAGUGACGCCAAUGUUUCUGCAUUCAGGCAUUCUUCACAUUGCCCAUGGAUUUUGGGUGCUUCUCAAUUUUGGGCCUCAAGUUUGCAAAUUCUAUGGUUCAUUCACGUUUUUCUUGAUAUAUGUACUUGGAGGAAUCUCUGGUAACUUGACUAGUUUUCUUCAAACACCAGAGCCAAGUGUUGGUGGGACGGGACCAGUAUUUGCAAUUAUAGGAGCUUGGUUCAUCUAUCAUAUCCAAAACAAAGACAACAUAUUGAAAGAUGAUUUAGAGAUCAUGUUUCAGAAAGCAAUGAUAGCCACCGCCAUUGGUUCCAUAUUGAGCAUUUCUGGUCCAAUUGAUAACUGGACCCAUUUAGGAGCAGCUUUUACCGGUAUAAUCUAUGGCUUUUUUAUGCUGCAAAUGGACCAUGCAUCGCCAAAAACAAGUCAAAAGGAAGGAAUUGCACUCGUUACUCCAGUAGCCAAUCCAUGGAAAUCACUAUUGGUAUUCUUCAUCUUCAUUAUUGGAUUUCUCUCUUUACCAUUUGUUGUUGAACCACCCCUUAACUAAUAAAUAUGAAGUAUGUUUAAAAGUUUUCUUAUAAUAGUAUUUUGAUAGGAACAAUAAAAAUGAAGUUAAAGCUUUUACAUUA